UAUUAUAAACAGGAUAAUAUCACAUAAUGGAUUUCCCAACAAAUAUUAGUUUAUUACAGUAAUUUCUUUGAGUGCUAUUAGUUAUGUUGAAAACAUGUUUACAUUUAUUCUUUUACAAUGAUCAUCAUGAUCUAUAUUCACAUUUCCUUCCUUUUCUAUUAUCUUUCAAAGUAUAAUUAUGUUUGCUCUUAAGUACAUAUUAAAAUUUUCGGUGAAAUAUAUUUCAUUGAUUAAAUUUUGAAUAAAAAUAAAAAAUUUCUUCCAAAUUUAUAAAUAUCCCAUAUAAGUAGCACGUAAUAUUCCUGCAAUGUUACGUGUAAUGUUAGUAUAAUAUAGAAGUGUAACAUUUUUAACAGAUUCUUUGGGUCCCUUUCCAAAAGUAAAAAAAAAAGAAAAGUUUUUCCGUGUAGGGAACAUAUUCUGAACAGGCAGGCGCACUGCUUUGCUAACACCGUCAGUUUUUCACUAUUCAGUUCAGUCAGAACUUUGGUGCCAAACUGCCAAGAAAUACAAUGUGGGUAUUAGCGUGGAAUUUUGUAAAAGUCAUACUUCCAAGUGGUUUAAAAAUUAAGAAGAAAUAUAUAUGAAUAAAAUGCUAUUGCCAUUACUGAUUGCUUUAAUAACAUCCAUAGCGGAUGCAAAAAUAUAUGUGAACAUUUCUGGGGAUAUCGUCCUUGGAGCAUUAUUUCCGGUUCACCGAAAAGGAUUUAUGGGACAAAAUUGUGGAAAAAUUCAAUCAGAAGAUGGUUUGCAACCUUUAGAAGCGAUGCUUUAUACGAUUGAACAAAUUAAUCAGGAUCCUAAAAUUUUGCCCGGCAUUCGAUUGGGUGCAAUUGUUUUCGAUUCAUGCGACAAUUCCAACUAUGCAAUGGAACAAACGCUAUAUUUUGUCAAAGGUUUCAUUGCUCAUUUUAAUGAGUUUCAUAUGACACAAUAUAAAUGCCUUGAUGGUAGUGUACCAAAAUUUUUUAAUGGAGGUUUUGAUAAAGUUGUAGCAGUUUUGGCAGCGGCAUCCAGUUCUGUCACUUUGCAAAUUGCUUCCAUAUUGAGGCUAUUUUCAAUUCCGCAAAUUUCUUAUAUGGCUACAUCACCGUCAUUAAGUAAUAAAGAAAAGUAUCCACAUUUUUUUCGCACUGUUCCAUCAGAUGUGAAUCAAGCGCACGCGAUGCUUGAAAUUUUGAAACAAUUCGAUUGGACCUAUGUUUCAGUUGUUUAUUCGGACACAGAAUAUGGAAUUCGUGGUUUCGAAACAUUAGUCUCCUUAGCGAGUAAAUAUUCGAUAUGCUUUAGUGCCCCUCAAAAAAUUGCCAAAGAACGAUUUUUAUCUGAAGAUUAUGAUAGCGUAAUUCAAAUAAUUUCUAAUAGAACAGAAGUCAGAGUUGUAGUACUAUUUGCUGAAAAGGUAACGACUCUGAAAGUCUUAGAGUCAGCGAAAAGACUCGGAGUUGGUGAGAAAUAUGUUUGGAUUGGGAGUGAUGCCUGGUCGAAUAAUAAUCAUAGAGAAUUUUUGAAUCCUGACAACAGUCAGGAUCAACAGCAAAUUGUUCUAGAAGGCGCUCUCGCUGUUCUUCCAUUGAAUAGAAAAUUGUUUGGGUUUGAUGAAUAUUUCACAAAUUUAACUCUUCAGCAUGAAGAUAUUAAUCCAUGGUUUCGAGAGUUUUGGAUGGAUUUUCACAAGUGCAGAAAAAAAGUUAACGUUACAAAUCAAAUUUUUAAUGAAUCGAUACAUAGAGCGAAGGAGCAAGAUUGUGAAAAUUCUGAAUUGAAAAUUAAUCCUCAGAAGGGAUAUAAACAGCAAAGAUUUUUGCAUUUUGUGCGGGAUGCCGUUUAUUCAGUUGCAUAUGCCUUGCAUGAUUUGCAUAUUAAAGAAUGUGGAAAGAAUUUUAAAGGACUGUGUUCUCAGCAUAUUGACGGAGAGACUUUGUUAACAUACUUAAGCAAUGUUUCAUUUAAAGAUGAGGCUGGAAAUACUUUUCGAUUUAUGAAUAGUGUCGAUGGUCCACCAAGGUAUUCAAUUUUAAAUUACCAGAAAGAUUUGAAUGGCACUCAUCGAUGGCUCAUCGUUGGAAACUAUACUCAAACUGAUACCGGUAAACCAAUUUUGCACUUGGAGAGAAAAAUAAUGAAAUAUCGAAAUCAGGAACGUGGUGGAAGAAAAUAUUUUCCAAAUUCAACUUGUGCCCAGCCUUGUUUGCCGAAUCAAGUGAAAUUUCGAGUAAAACAGGAUAUUUGUUGUUGGAGAUGUAGAAAUUGUGGACUUUAUCAAUUUAAAUUGGACGAUCACAGAUGCGAAGAUUGUGAACUAGGUACUCGUCCAACGAGUGAUAAAAUGUUUUGUGAAGAAAUUCCGGUGGAUUUUGUGAAUUACUCGAAUCCAUGGGCUAUUGCCACAAUGGCAGUUGCUAGUUGCGGAAUUCUGCUGAACAUUUUUAUUUUUCUAAUUUUCUGGAUUUAUAGAGAAACUCCAAUAAUAAAAGCUUCUGGUAGAGAACUUUCUUCACUCCUAUUAGUUGGAACUUUGAUAUCAUUUUUGAUGACUUUUGUUAUUGUCGCGAAGCCAAGUGUAGAAAAUUGUGCUCUCACAAGAUUCGGCAUUGGAAUUUGUUACAGUUUGUGUUAUGGAGCUCUAGUUACAAAAACUAACAGAAUUCAUCGAAUUUUCAAUAGAACUACUAAUAAUCCCCACCAUAAACCAAGAUACACCAGUCCAAAAUCGCAAUUAAUUAUCACAGGAAUAUUUACACUUGUCGAGGUAAUUAUUAAUAGUGUUUGGUUAAUAAAACUGCCACCAACUGUAACGGACGUAUUUCCUUCAAGAGAAAUCAGACUGAGAAUAUGCCAAGGCUUAGAUGAUAGUUCCUACAUGGUGGGUUUGAUUUAUCCCUUCAUUCUGAUUGUACUGUGCACAAUUUACGCAAUAAAAACAAGGAAAUGUCCAGAAGGUUUUAAUGAAACUCGACUCAUUGCCUUUACGAAUUAUACAACAAUGAUUUUAUGGUUGGCCUUUGUGCCCCUUUAUCUGGCAUCAACGAGUAAUGCCCUUAGGAUUAUCACCUUAGCACUUUCUAUUUCCUUAAGUGGAUUAGUUCAACUUGGGUUUUUCUUCUUCCCUAAAGUCUAUACUGUUCUCAGGAAACCAGAAAAAAAUACAAAAGAGCUUGUGAUGUCCCAACACCGAAGUUCACCUUAUUUACAAACUGCAUCUGCACCCAUUGUUAUUUCAAGUGAGAGAAUGAAAAUUACUUUCAAGGAUUCAGAGAGCUCGUCGGCAGAGCCAAGUUAAGGCAAACAUUAUAGUAUAAAUAAAAAAACAAAUGAAAAUUGCUAUUGUCCCUCGAAGCACAUGCAGGGUCUGUAUUUUUCUUGUUAGAAAAAGGAGAUGUGAGCUUCGAAGGUUAUACAAAACCAUCGAGUAUAAAAAUCCAUUAUUAUAUUUUAUAAUAAAAACAAUGAAUAAAAUACAUGUUUACAAAGAAAAAGUCAAACCGUUGUUACAAAAAUUAAUGAAAAAUAAGUAUUAAUUAUAAUCAAGAAUUACUGUCUUCGGAGUUGUAACAAAGAAAGAAUUGGCAUUUAUAAUAUUUUAUAUUGUUCAAUUCUUUGAUAAAUUAUGGGGUCGUUAUCUCUCUCUUUUUAUAGUACAUCUCACCUCUUGAUAGUUUUAUUAAGAGAAUUUUUAGCUCGUCAUUAUUCUUUAAAUAAAAGAUCACAAUAAUUUAUUUCAAAUAAGGUACAUUUAAAACAAUCAGGUUUUGUUACACGUUUUUAAAUUUCUUAUUACCAGAUUUCGAAAAUAUGAACAAUAGUUAGAUGAAUUUAUGAUUCCAUAUUCGUGAUAAAAGAAUUUACAUAAUUUGGAAACGAUACUAUUUGGUGACUUACGAAGUAUUGGCCUUAAUUCCUACCGCACUUAAAAGAAGGGAGAAAAGGUCAUCUAGAGCUGGUCCUCUUUAUUAGAACGGGCAACUGUUUGUUUGUUUUGUUACAGUGUUGUUUACUAUUAAUUCUCAGUCUUUGCUAUUCAGAACGUUCACAAUUAACAGUUUAUUUUAAUGGGACAAUUUGAAGAACUCAUUUUUAACUAUUUUAUUUUUGUCUCUACUUGUUUCGAUUCCUCAAUCGUUACGCGGCUAUUUUAUUCGAAUAUCUAUUGUUUUGAACUUGUCUUAUAAUCGUUGUCAUAAAUUCAAAGCAAUUCAAAGUGUGACGAAAGGGCUGCCAAAAUUGUGGAAUAUAUGAACGAGAGUAAUCGUCAAUCUUGAUUUUAUUUAUGAGAUGGUUUAAAUUGUUCCAUUAUUUUAGUUAAUGUUCACAAUUAAUUCUCAGUCCAAUAAGCUAUUCUAAACACUUCACGCUUUUAGAUUUUAACGUCUACCCGAAUUCGAUUGCCCGUAGCUAACCCUUGAACCGGCCGAGUCUCGCAGACGGUCAACCUCGCGAUAACCUGGCUCCAGGAGUUAACUGUCGCGAAGAAGCAAAUUACAUUGGGGUACAUCAGUUUUAAUACCUGAAAUUGAGGUUUUGGUGUGAUAGAAUUUAUUGGAGAGGGUUAAAGGAUUGGGAAAUACAUUCUUAUAUUGGCCAAUAAUUAUUAUAACUUCCAAUAACUUUAAUGUUAUUGGAACCUUUUACUGUGUGAAAAUGUUUAAUUCCUUAUAUUGGUUGCAACAUGUGAAUUUGCAAUCGAAUCUUUGAUGUCAAAGACCUUUUAGAAACGCUUACGUUUUCAUUUUAUCAACAGACUACAUUUUGGCCAUUAACCCAAAAGAGUCUUUGAUACUUUUAAUUUAUGGAGCUAAAGAAGACAGUUGUGAAGUUAUUCCUUUAAUUCAUACUAGUAAAUAUAGUAAUACAAACUCAAAAGGUAACGUCUCGGUAACGGCUACCUUUCUUUCUUUUUCCAAGGCAAUAUAAAUAAGAAUGUCUCUCUUUACCUAAUUUGCAUAUCUACUGGUUUCAUAUUAAGGACUUGGCAAUUAUUUUGUUCGAUUAAAAUUUUUGAUUCGAAGGAGGUUAUAGAAUUUAGAUUCUCAAAUCUGUAAGAAUAAUGAUGCACUCGCAAUGACAUUUCCUUAUAAAUUGUUGACAUGUUUGCACAACUCUGACUCUUGCAAUGUGUUCGGUUCUAUUUAAUAAAAAUAUUUUGUGGAUUAAAUUUAUGAUGAAAUAAAAGCUUUAAAAUAUUUCGAAAGAAGUGUCAUUGAACGGAAUUUUACCAAGAAUCAAAA